AUGAAUUUGGUGUCCGAGGCGGAUGGGAAACACCUCCAAACAAACACCGACACUGCUAUCAAACACACCCGGAACCAAUCUAGUCUGGAUGGCACAAAAUACAAAGAUGGGCAGUGGUCGCAGAGGAGUGAGGAGAUUCUCCUGGGUCCGUAUGACUAUAUGCUACAGCACCCGGGCAAGGAUAUUCGGCGGCAGCUCAUCGCUGCGUUCGAUGCUUGGUUGAAGGUCCCCUCGGAGAGUCUUGAGAUUAUCAAUAAGGUGGUGGCGAUGCUUCAUACAGCUUCCUUGCUAAUCGACGAUGUAGAAGACAAUUCAAUCCUCCGCCGCGGAAUCCCCGUCGCUCACAACAUCUUCGGGACAGCUCAGACUAUAAACUCAGCAAACUACGUCUACUUCCAAGCUCUCCAGGAAGUCCAGAAACUAAACAACCCCGAAGCAAUCGACAUCUUCGCCAAGGAACUCCUCAACCUCCACCGCGGCCAGGGAAUGGACCUUUUCUGGCGAGACACCCUCACCUGCCCAAGCGAAGACGAGUACUUGGACAUGGUAGGCAACAAAACAGGCGGACUAUUCCGACUCGCGGUCAAAUUGAUGCAGGCCGAAAGCAGCUCCGGAAAAGACUGCGUGCGUCUCGUGAAUGUCCUGGGCCUGGUUUUCCAAAUCUGCGACGACUACCUCAACCUGUCCCAUACCACGUAUACGAAAAACAAAGGGCUCUGCGAGGAUCUCACGGAGGGUAAAUUCUCGUUCCCUAUUAUCCACAGUAUACGCACCAACCCGGGCAACCACCAGCUCAUUAGCAUUCUUAAACAACGAACCAAGGAUGAUGAGGUCAAGCUAUACGCGAUCAAGUAUAUGGAAACUACCGGCAGUUUUGGAUAUACGCAGGAGGUCAUUAGGAAUCUGCGCGGCAAGGCACUGGCGCUGAUUGAUGAGAUCGAAGGCGAAAUGCAAGCGGAAGAACAGCAGGACGGGGCAAUGGUGCGAGCAAUUCUCGAUAAAAUCACUGAGGCGACAUUGAAGGAGCGAUAG